CUCUUUCCUCAAUCUCUCUCUCUCUCUCUCUCUCUCUCUCCGUCUGAAAUAGAGAUGAGGCCAGUCAUCACCAGCACAACAACCUUCAAUACAACCGCCGCACACGUACCGCACUCCCCAUGGCACUCCCCAGUACCAUACCUCUUCGGUGGUCUCGCAGCCAUGCUCGGCCUCAUCGCCUUCGCUCUCGUCAUUCUCGCCUGUUCUUACUGGAAGCUCACCGGCUUCUUAGGCAGCAGAGAAUCCGACCCUCAAAAUCCACAUCAGAACCAACAAACCGACGACUCUCUCAAACCAAAAACCCCCCAACAGAUGGAAAUGAAAGUAGUCGUGAUCAUGGCCGGAGAUCACAGGCCCACCUACCUAGCCACACCCAUUUCCAAGAUGUCCACUUACCUUGUAGAUGAUGGAGAUCGUGAAAACAAAGACACCCAGAAGCAAGAUGCUGGAAAUCAAGACUCCCAUGAUGAGGAAACUGGAGAUGGUGGGGCCCACUGAUCCAACCAAUGAGAUUGUCUGUUUUGUUUUGUGGUUUUCUCAUUUGGGUUUUGUCUGUGAAAGCUCAUAUUUCAGGUUUUGUUUGUGUUUGAUGAUAUGGGCUUGUAUCACAUCAGAUGAGCUUUUUGUUUGUGUGUUUGGCCGGGAAUUGUAAAUCUUCCGAGAUGAAUACAAAAGAGCUUUUUUUGUUCUAA